UGCUUUCCCCACAGACCAGCACACCCUCCUCCACGUCAGGGCAUCACUGAGCUGAAACAGAAGGACACCACCUCCCAGCUUCCCGCGCCACCAUGUGCUACGGAAAAUGUGCCCGAUGCAUCGGCUACUCUCUGCUGUGGCUCGCCCUCCUCUGCAUUGUAGCUAACAUCUUGCUUUACUUUCCCAAUGGGGAAACAAGGUUCGCUUCCGACAACAACCUCAGCCGCUUCGUGUGGUUCUUUUCCGGUAUCAUAGGAGGAGGCUUGCUGAUGUUUCCACCUGCGUUUGUCUUCAUUGGGCUGGAACAGGCCGACUGCUGUGGCUGCUGUGGCCAUGAGAACUGUGGCAAGCGAUGCUCGAUGCUUUCCUCUGUACUGGCUGCGCUCAUCGGAACUGCGGGAUCUGGCUACUGCGUCAUCGUGGCGGCCCUGGGCUUAGCAGAAGGACCACUGUGUUUUGAUUCCUCCGGCCAAUGGAACUACACCUUUGCCAACACGGAGGGACUGUACCUCCUGAAUACCUCCACGUGGUCCCUCUGCAUUGAACCCAAGCACAUUGUAGAAUGGAAUGUCUGUCUGUUCUCUAUCCUCUUGGCUCUUGGUGGAAUCGAAUUCAUCUUGUGUCUCAUUCAAGUCAUAAAUGGAAUGCUUGGAGGCAUCUGUGGCUACUGCUGCUCUCGCCAACAGCGAUACGACUGCUGAAAGAACCACUUAAAGAGAGAACCCCGCUGUUCCUCUAUUUCCUUGUAAUUUAUAUAUUUUACUUGUAUUAAUUUGUAAAACUUGCUUCUAGUGUAUUAUAC